AUGUUUUCCAGCUUCACAGUCACUCUUGCAGGAAAAGUGAUGCCCGCCCCGAACCCCAGGCCCAAUCCCUUGAGGACAACCAAGUCCUUCACUCGCGCCGAGAACAAUGAUCCGCUCUCAGUCGCUCGCCCUAAGAGGGCCAGCACUAUCCAGAAUGGCGUUCUCCCCAAGAUAACCACCACCGGUAUCUCCUCUCAGAUCGUUGAGGAACCCGAGAGCGCUAGCACCGAUGCCUUCGAGCAAUCACACCAUGACGACGAGCCUCCUGAGCAACCGCGGACGUCGGUUGACCUCGAUGACCUGCCCAUCGAGUUGAUCAGCCUGACGGACAAUUUCAUAGAGUCCUUGUCCGCCAAAAACCGGCCCACGCCCCCCAAUAUCGACGACAUCUCCCACAUGUUCCAGGACUUCUACCACCAAGCCGCCCGACACAUAGACACACACAUCUCUGCACUGCUGAUGAGACACAAUCGCGGCUCUUCUCCCGCGCCAUCUAACUCCUCCAGAGCGUCCGCUACGAGUUUACUACGGGCCAAAGCAGCUGCGAUCGGCAACAAGGAUAGGAAGGCUGGAACUCCAAAGUCAGAGCAGCCGGAACAGCAAUUGAUCACGGCAGAGGAGCUGGCACAGCGCAAGAAGGCAAGGAAGGCCCUCGAGCAGCAACGCGGGACCUUGGAAGAAGCCGUUGAGAGGCGACUCUGUGAGGGAAUCUAUGCCAAAAUAUAUCGACACCGGACAACACAGGAUGAGGCUGCAGACGAUGUCCUCCGCUCCAAGACGGCAGCCUUGGCUGUCGUCGGGAUCGGCCUAAGCGACCUGGGAGUCCAGCUGACGGAGUCUGGUGAGCCGCCAGAGGCCCAGGCCCAGAAGGCGGAAGAGGUGCGGAAGUGGCUCGACGGAGCCAGGAAAGAGCUCAUAGCCAUGAACGAGAGUCGCUACCCCCUGGGCAAGCUCAACCACCUGAAGCAGGCACACAAGAGUAUUGUGGAUACGUUGUCAAAUUUCCACCCAUCAUCUUCGGCUGACGAGAUUAUGCCCAUGCUCAUUUACACUUUGAUUACCCUGCCACCCGAGAACAUGAAUGUCACAAGCGACCUGAGAUUCAUUGAACGAUUCCGAUGGGAACCCAAGCUCGUCGGGGAGGCAGCCUAUUGCUUGACAAAUUUAGAGGCAGCAAUCGGAUUCCUGGAAACGGUCGAUUUGUCGACUUUGCGGUCAGAUGAGGCUCCCUCAGGACCAGUAAAACCUUCCAGCCGGCCAGGUACGCCUAGGGCUGAGACCUUCCCACCCGCCUACUCGCCAGGGCUGUCUACUGCGAGUACCGCAGUAGAGCAGGUUGAUGGAAAUGAUGCCAGCGGUCUUCUAAAACCCACCGCGUCACAAGCCUCGAAGCUCAGGGAAGCCCAGCAGCGAAACCGCCGGUUUAGUGACCUGGUGAAUACGCCAGCACAGGCUUUUGGUGCGGCGAGCGACGCCAUGCGCAACACGGCAGAUGCAGGGCUGAAGACAAUCGGCAACAGCUUGGGAGACAGCUACAAGUUCUUCAUAGGUAGACUUCGGGAGCCCGCCGGCGCAGGCGAAGAAGUCGCUGCUCCGAAAACCCUUGAGGAUGCCCGAAAACUGAUCGGCACUCCUCCUCUCGAAGACGAUACAUCAACCACCAGUUCUUUGUUGAAUCCCGACGACACGGAGAACAAACGGCCACAUCCUAGGGACGACAAGAUGCUGAAUCUUAUCAGCGGGCGCAAACCAUCGUCCGUGCGGGAGCACAGUGCAGAUAGCUCCAGAAGUGCCGGCAGCUCGACUAAAAGACUAUCCGCAGUCUUUGGGGAUGACAAGGACAAACAGACGCCAACAAGUGCAACCCCCACAGCAGCCAACGCCAACCCGGCCAUCAUGGACUCGAUGCGAAACCUCGGUAACUCACUGAAUCCCAUGGCCAAGCUGGCAGGGGGGAUUGGGUCAUUCCGGGCUUUUGCGAGGACUCCGUCACAACCCGUCACACCGCAGGUGCCACCUAAGGCGGGAGCUGCUGAGGGGGGUGACUUGGCUACGGCUUUCCCUGACUUAGCAGCAACCCUACCUCCCAAGGAGACACCCAAGAUCAAUCCGCCAAACAAGCGGUUCAUGGAGAUGCAGAACCCUUCUGACUUACGGAUCGGCGAGGUGCUCGAGCUGCUCCGAGACUACAGGAGGUUGGCAGGCGCGUUGAAUGAGAUGGGGGCGUUCAAGGAGUGA